ACCCGUCACCACCACGUGCAAAGACGGCAGGCGGGAUUGGGGCGAGUGGUGCGUGGUGGUCAUGGACACCCCGGCGAUUUUCGGGGGCUCUCAGUGCGACAAGCAGCAUUUGGCCGAGGAGCGCCAGCGCUGCCUCAGAUUCGCUGCCCGUGAGCCCUGCGUGCUGCUGCUGGUGACACAGCUGGGCCGUUACACGCGGGAGGACCGCGAGGUGCAGAAGAGCGUGAAGAAGCUCUUUGGGAAGGGCGCUAAGGAGCGCAUGAUGGUGGUGUUCACAAGGAAGGAAGACCUGGGGGGCGGCUCUCUGGAUGAAUACGUGAAGACUGCCGAGAACGGAGCGCUGCGGACGCUGGUGAAGGCGUGCGGGAAGCAGUGCUGUGCUGUGAGCAACAGAGCGCCGAGGCGGGACCGGGAUGUGCAGGCUGAUGAGGUGCUGCACAGGGCUGUGAGCAUCGCCCUCAGGCAGAGCGAGGGGCGAGGGGAGUCGUGUUGGUGGUGUUUGCCGUAAUUAAGAUCUAAUCACCGUGACAAGACCCACGGGUCC